AAAUAACCCAGACCUAGCUUUUAGGCUAACUUGCAUCCAGAUUUAACAUUUCUUCAUUUUCCAGACCACAUGGGGAGAAAACAGACUCAAUAAAGUCUCUGCAGCAGGCUCAUCCCAGCCGAAGGUUUCAUCUGCGGCGCUGCAGCUGCACCUCAGCUCUCACAAACCAGCUUAUUAACUUUCUACCACAACUGUAAAUGCUUGCAGAAGCCACCAGCUGUGUGGGAAUGAGACGUGUUCCUCUGCAGAAGUGUCAAAGUUCUGAUCUGAUCCUACCUGGACUGGACUCCUCCGGUUUCACUGCAGGACACCAGACUGCGUCAGCAACAGCUGUCCUGCAGCCCCGCACUGGCUGCCACAGGGGGAGAAUUACGUCCUCGGCGUGAGGCUUGACGGAACACUGGAUUUGUUUUUCUACAAUACUUGGAUUCUGUUGGAAUAUUUGCUUUACUGUGCAAGCUCCUCGUAGGGAAUCCCCGAUGUGGUGGUAACCCUUCGCAAUGCAAAGAUGUCAUCCCUGCUCCCUCCCCCAGGCACCGCUAUAUUCCGCCGCUUCACCCCGGAGUCAUUGGCGGAGAUCGAGAGGCUCAAGGAGGAAAGACAAAAGGCUGAAGCAAAAGUAGAUAGCCAUGAGGAGGCAGAUAAGGCAACCCCACAUGUCGAUCUGGAGGCGGGGAAGUCUUUACCCUUAAUCUAUGGAGACCCUCCAUCAGAGAUGAUCAACACACCUCUGGAGGACCUGGACCCCUUCUACAAAGGACAGAGCACAUUUGUGGUGGUCAGCAAAGGAAACACAAUCUUCAGGUUCAACGCUGAACCCGCUUGCUACAUUCUGAGCCCCUUUAGUUUGGUUAGAAGAGGAGCCAUUAAAAUUCUCAUACAUUCAUUAUUUAGCAUGUUCAUCAUGAUAACGAUUCUAGCGAAUUGUGUAUUCAUGACGAUGAGCAAUCCUCCAGCAUGGAGUAAAACUGUAGAGUAUGUUUUUACUGGUAUCUACACCGUUGAGGCGACAGUCAAAGUGUUGUCUCGAGGUUUCUGUGUUGGAUCUUUUACAUUCCUUCGAGAUCCAUGGAAUUGGCUGGAUUUCAUGGUGAUCAGCAUGGCAUAUGUCACUGAGUUCGUUGACCUUGGAAAUGUGUCAGCACUCAGGACGUUUCGUGUACUUCGAGCUCUUAAAACAAUUACUGUGAUUCCUGGUUUGAAAACCAUUGUGGGCGCUUUGAUCCAGUCAGUGAAGAAAAUGGUGGAUGUGAUGAUUCUGACCGUCUUCGCCCUCGCUGUGUUCGCCCUCAUUGGCCUUCAGCUGUUUAUGGGAAACCUUCGACAGAAAUGCGUGCGAUGGCCCAUCGAUGCCGUGUUUGAUUUUAACAACACCAUGUUCAACGACACGCUGUCCUUCAACGACACCAUGGGUUUCAAUGAUACUUAUUAUUCCAACAGUUCCUUUAAUUUCAUGGACUACAUUGAAAACUCAGAUAAUCACUAUUACUUGGAAGGGAGUCCCGAUGCUCUACUUUGUGGAAACAGCUCUGAUGCUGGAAAGUGCCCAGAGGGAUACACAUGCAUGAAGGCAGGGAGGAACCCCAACUUUGGCUAUACCAGUUUUGACUCUUUUGGCUGGGCCUUUCUGGCUCUCUUCAGACUCAUGACCCAAGACUACUGGGAGAACCUUUUCCAGCUGAUCCUGCGGGCGGCUGGCAAGACAUACAUGCUGUUCUUUAUCGUGAUUAUCUUUCUGGGCUCCUUCUACCUCAUCAACCUCAUCCUAGCUGUCGUAGCCAUGGCUUAUGAUGAACAGAAUAUGGCAACUCAACUAGAGGCCAUAGAGAAAGAAGAGGAGUUCCAGCGGCUUCUAGAGCAGCUCAAGAAUCAGGAACAGCAGGCUCUAGCUCUCGGGAGUCAAGCCACUCUAACCAGUAAAAAGUCACAAAGUCAUCACUCUAUAUCUGAGAUGGCAGAUGACGAACAGAGCCUUGAACAUGAUGAAGUUAUCAAGGAUUGUAACGGGAGACUCAUCCCACGUCUACUUAUAAGAGCACCCACCAUGGACCAGUCUGCUGUGGAAUAUGAAAUGAAAGAGAGAUCAGAAGGCUCUCUGCACAGCAUGAUACAUCUGGAGGAACCUGGCCUUACAAAGAGGACGGCCAGCGCUUUGACUGUGCUGACUGCAGCUGCUAUGGAAGAGUUUGAGGAAGGUCAGAGGCCGUGCCCGCCCCGUUGGUACAAGUUCGCCAACGUCUUCCUGAAGUGGGACUGCUUCCCACAGUGGGUGGCAUUUAAAAAGUGGGUGUACUUUGUGGUAAUGGAUCCUUUUGUUGACUUGGCCAUCACCAUAUGCAUCGUGCUCAACACCCUGUUCAUGGCCAUGGAGCACUACCCCAUGACCCCAGAGUUUGACUACAUGCUCUCAGUCGGGAAUUUGGUCUUCACUGGUAUCUUCACAGCAGAGAUGUUUUUCAAGCUUAUUGCCAUGGACCCCUACUACUACUUUCAAGUUGGCUGGAACAUUUUCGACAGCAUCAUUGUAACGCUCAGUCUGGUGGAGUUGGGGCUGGCAAACGUCCAAGGCUUGUCAGUCCUCAGAUCUUUCCGUCUGCUUAGAGUCUUCAAACUAGCAAAGUCCUGGCCAACGCUCAACAUGUUGAUCAAGAUUAUCGGCAACUCAGUCGGAGCUCUAGGAAACCUGACACUGGUGCUGGCCAUCAUCGUCUUUAUCUUCGCCGUGGUGGGUAUGCAGCUCUUCGGCAAGAAUUAUAAGGACUGCGUGUGCAAGAUAUCCACGGAGUGCGAGCUGCCACGCUGGCACAUGAACGACUUCUUCCACUCGUUCCUCAUCGUCUUCCGCAUCCUGUGCGGGGAGUGGAUCGAGACCAUGUGGGACUGCAUGGAGGUGGCCGGAGCCGGGAUGUGCUUGGUUGUCUUCAUGAUGGUCAUGGUGAUUGGGAAUCUGGUGGUGUUGAACCUCUUCCUGGCCUUGCUGCUCAGCUCUUUCAGUGGAGACAACCUCUCAGUAGGGGAUGAUGAUGGCGAGAUGAACAACCUCCAGAUUGCUAUCGGCAGGAUCACUCGUGGCAUCAACUGGUUCAAAGCUUUUAUGGUUCGAUCGGUUCUGCAGAUUCUUGGCAGGAAGUCCAAGGACCCUGAAGAGCCUGGGGAAGGCCCGGCGGACAUCACCAAGGAUGAGGACGAGGACCCUAAAGGGGAGCAAAUCGAAAUGAACCACUUGGACACGGGUCAGGAUAUCAAGAUGGCGGAUGGGAUGUGUAAUUGUUUGGUUGAAGGCCGGACGUCUGGAACUUUUGUGGAUGGAGAGCUGAAUCUUACCGUGCCAAUGGCCAUGGUGGAGUCUGACUUUGAAAACCUUGAUGAUGAGGAUGAUGAGGAUGAUGAAGAUGAUGAUGAUAAUGCUGAUGACACUGAGAUGUCAGAUGACAAAUACAACAAACAGGAUACAGGGAGCAUAGGAAAUAAAAACAGAACUCUGGAGAAUGGCAAACUUAUGGGUGCUUUGAAUGAUGGGGAUUCUUCAGUGUGUAGCACAGUGGACUAUCAACCCCCUGAGCCUGAACCAGAGGAAGUGGAAGAGGAAGAGCCAGACCCGGUGGAGCCCGAGGACUGCUUCACUGAAGACUGUGUGAAGCGCUGGCCGUGUCUGACUGUGGACAUCACCGAAGGUAGAGGCAAGCAAUGGUGGAACCUGCGUCGGACUUGUUUCACUAUCGUAGAGCAUGACUGGUUUGAAACCUUCAUAAUCUUUAUGAUCCUCCUCAGCAGUGGCGCUCUGGCUUUUGAAGACAUACACAUAGAAAGACGCCGAACCAUCAAAAUUAUUCUGGAGUUUGCUGACAAAGUUUUCACGUACAUCUUCAUCAUCGAGAUGCUCCUUAAAUGGGUCGCGUACGGCUUCAAGACUUAUUUCACCAACGCUUGGUGUUGGCUGGAUUUCUUCAUCGUAGAUAUUUCCCUGAUUAGUUUAUUUGCCAACUGGAUGGGCUACUCUGACCUUGGACCAAUCAAAUCCCUCAGAACUCUCAGGGCGCUGAGACCUCUGCGAGCGCUGUCAAGAUUUGAAGGGAUGAGGGUGGUGGUGAACGCUCUCGUCGGAGCAAUCCCCUCCAUCUUCAACGUGUUGCUGGUGUGUCUUAUAUUCUGGCUCAUCUUCAGCAUCAUGGGAGUGAACCUGUUUGCUGGAAAGUUUUACCGCUGUAUCAACACCACCUCGGAGGAGCUCUUCCCCAUGACUGAGGUCAACAACAAGAGCGAUUGCUUGGCUCUUCAGGAAGCCACACAGGAGGCGCGCUGGGUCAACGUCAAAGUCAACUAUGACAACGUGGGGAAAGGCUACCUGUCUUUACUUCAAGUGGCAACUUUUAAAGGCUGGAUGGACAUCAUGUAUGCUGCGGUUGACUCAAGAGAAGUGCUGGAGCAACCUUCCUAUGAGAUCAACCUCUACAUGUACAUGUACUUUGUCACCUUCAUCAUCUUUGGCUCCUUCUUCACACUCAACCUCUUCAUCGGCGUCAUUAUUGACAAUUUCAACCAACAGAAGAAAAAGUUUGGAGAUAAAGACCUCUUCAUGACUGAGGAGCAGAAGAAGUACUACGAUGCCAUGAAGAAACUCGGCUCCAAGAAGCCUCAGAAGCCGAUUCCACGUCCAACUAACCUAAUCCAGGGAAUGGUGUUCGACUUCAUCAGUCAGCAGGUCUUUGACAUCUUCAUCAUGGUGCUCAUCUGCCUCAACAUGGUCACCAUGAUGGUGGAGACGGACAACCAGAGCGCCGAGAAGGAGGACUUCCUCUUCAAAGUGAACGUGGCUUUCAUCAUCGUCUUCACCGCAGAGUGCGUGCUGAAGCUCUUUGCCCUGCGACAAUACUUCUUCACUAACGGAUGGAACGUUUUUGAUUUUGUUGUGGUCAUAUUGUCCAUAGCUGGGACGAUGCUGUCAGACAUAAUCGAGAAGUACUUUGUGUCCCCGACUCUGUUCAGAGUGAUCAGAUUGGCCCGAAUAGGCAGGAUUCUCCGUCUCAUUAAAGGAGCAAAGGGUAUCCGGACGCUUCUCUUCGCUCUCAUGAUGUCACUUCCUGCUUUAUUCAAUAUCGGCCUCCUUCUCUUCCUCAUCAUGUUCAUCUUCUCCAUAUUCGGGAUGUCUAACUUUGCCUACGUGAAAAAGGAGUCUGGAAUCGAUGAUAUAUUUAACUUUGAGACGUUCGGUGGUAGCAUUAUCUGCUUGUUUGAGAUCACAACAUCCGCCGGGUGGGACGGCCUCUUGCUUCCGAUGCUGAACAAGGAGUAUCCAGACUGUGAUCCCAACUUUGAGAACCCUGGGACGGAUGUUAAGGGGAACUGUGGCAACCCGGGCAUGAGCAUGAUGUUCUUCUGUGGUUACAUCAUCGUCUCCUUCUUAGUGGUGGUCAACAUGUACAUCGCCAUCAUCCUAGAGAACUUUAAUGUGGCGCAGGAGGAGAGUGGAGACGCUCUCUGUGAGGACGACUUUGAAAUGUUCAACGAGACUUGGGAGAAGUUUGACGUAGAUGGAACUCAGUUUAUUGAGUACAGCCGGCUCUCUGAUUUCUGUGAUGCCUUGCAGAUGCCGUUGAAGGUCGCAAAACCCAACCGCUUCCGCCUGAUUGAAAUGGAUCUCCCCUUGGUGAUUGGAGACAGGAUCCACUGCCUGGAUGUGUUGUUGGCUGUCACGCAGAUGGUCUUGGGAGACACGGUGGAGAUGGCAGCAAUGCGGGAGAGCAUUGAGGCUAAGUUCAUCUUGAGCAACCCCACCUCGGACUCCUUUGCACCAAUCACCACGACGGUCCGCCACAAAGAGGAGCAGAAUGCUUCAGUGGUCAUUCAGAGGGCUUACCGCGUUCACCUACUGAAACGCUGCUUACACCACGCUGCUUUUAUGCACCGCUGUAAGAGGGUGGGUCGAAACGACGAAGGGGAUGAUCCACCAGAAAAGGUGGGGAUGCUGGCACGGAGGAUGGGAGUGCUCUACGGCAGCAAUGUGGACCUUGCAGAGGAGAUGGAGCAGGCUGCUUUGGAAACUCUAGCUAACCAACAGCCUCCUGAUCCUGAGACUUUAUCCCAGUACUCAGAAGUCCAGUGUGAUUGUGAGCCGCCUGAGCCAAACAUCAUGGUUGUACCUGUAGAGAUUACUAAUGAGGUUUUAUUACAUUCUGCCCCGGGCCGACACUUGUUGACUCUACCUGCAAACCUGAGAGAGUCGAUUGUAUAGCCAACAGCAAAAGACUGUGUUUGUCUUCCUCAUGUUGUUUUUCACCUGCCAGGUGAGUAGUUUUAGUCCCACUAAUGAAGCUGAAUUCCCCCACAUUGGAUGAAGAGGUUACACAGUGCUGAUGAAUGUUUAAAUGUGUUUUUAUUAGAUAAUCUGAACGACUAAUUCCUGUUUUUCGUGAAAUACUCAAGGGUCUUUUUGGAAUGAUUGGCCCUUUGUAAAAACCGGUGUGUUUUUGUCACAAGUCAGCAGAUAGGAUUAGCACUUAACUCUCUUUUGUCUUACAUUUAAAGGCGAGAACAUAUCCAGACUUUUUGUCCUCCAGUUUUAAACAAAUGCAGUCACAGUACCCGGCUCCUCAGAGCAAUAUCUGAAGAUUAAACCAGCAUGUAGACGACACGUCUUCAUCACGAGAGCCAAACUGAAAUCAGGCGUCUCUUUUGAGAAACCAAACAGAAGAUAUCUUACGGCCAAUAUCCACCAGAUCCGUGUCCGGUCCAUCUCUGAUCCGUCGCGGCACCGGAUCUGAUAGGUUUCUAAUCUAUUCGUUGUGUUAACUUCCACUGGAUCUGCUCUGUUGCGUUCCGGCUGCGUCUCUGAUCCGGAUCAGAUACCCAUGGAGCAGGACCGUAGCAGAUCAGAGACAAACUGGACAGAUCUGGUAGAAGUCUGAUGUUAGACUGCUCACUUUAUGUUGCUCUGACGUCAGAUCACAUCAGUAUAUAGGACGAUAAGGGCCACUAAAACAAAAAAU